AAAUCGCUCCAAACGGUUCGAGAUACACUGGGAGCCGGUGAUUUUACGGCACGAUGACGUCCGAACGCAACGAACAACUGAAUUUACCAUGGGUCGAAAAGUACCGUCCGAAGAGCCUGGACGAGCUUAUUUCCCACGAGACGAUAAUAAGGACGAUAAACAAGUAUAUUGACGAGAAUCAACUGCCGCAUCUCCUCCUCUAUGGGCCACCCGGGACGGGGAAGACCAGCACCAUCCUGGCGUGCGCCCGUAAACUCUAUACACCGGCACAGUUCAAUUCAAUGGUGCUGGAAUUAAAUGCUUCCGACGACAGAGGCAUAGGUAUCGUGCGAGGUCAAAUCCUGAGCUUCGCCAGUACGGGCACUAUGUACAGGUCGGCGUUCAAAUUGAUUAUCCUGGACGAGGCGGACGCUAUGACGAUCGACGCUCAGAACGCGCUCAGAAGAAUUAUCGAGAAGUACACGGACAACGUGCGUUUCUGCAUUAUAUGCAACUACCUCAGCAAGAUCAUCCCGGCGUUGCAGUCCCGUUGCACCAGAUUCAGAUUCCUGCCUCUCGCGGCGGAACAAAUAAUACCAAGACUGAAUCACGUAAUCGAAGCGGAGAACUUAAAAGUCACGGAGGACGGCAAGCAGGCAUUGAUGACGUUAAGCGGCGGUGAUAUGAGGAAAGUAAUAAGCGUACUGCAAAGCACAUGGUUCGCUUACGGCGCGGUGAACGAGGAGAACGUGUAUAAUUGUGUCGGACAUCCGUUACCGAGGGACAUAAAUAAUAUUGUAAACUGGCUGCUGAACGAGUCUUACGAGACGUGCUACAAGAAGAUACAGGAGCUGAAGUUGAACAAAGGACUUGCGCUGCAAGAUAUACUGACGGAAAUUCACUCGUGUGUAGUCAAGAUUGAUUUUCCCGAUCCGCUAUUUAUUGAUUUGCUGUGCAAAAUGGCAGAGAUAGAGAAGAGAUUGGCUUCUGGAUGUCGCGACGCUAUUCAAGUAAAUUCUCUUAUAUCUGCAUUCUAUAAAGUUCGCGAUAUCGAAACGUGAUAUUUUCUUCCGUCGCGCGGAAAAAUUGAAAGAUACUCCAUUUGAAAGAUACUCCAUUUUGUAGAUCUAAAAAUAUCGAAUGUGUUCUUUCUCAAGAUAAAAGCUAUUGUUUUGUCACGUAUUCAUACACAUAUUACAUCAGCAGCACACAGAUGUGCGAAUAAUAGAUAGUUUUGUUACUUUUUUAGAAAAAGAAAAAAAUAAAUGAAUUUUUAAAGCUCUCCCGUGAACGAAUAACAAUUCUUAUUUUUCCAGAAAUAUUUGAUCAGAGUAUCACGUAUGUAUCGUAAAAACGUAAUAAAAUUGUCAAUACAAUGGA